AUGCCCUCGACGGCAAUGUGCAUGCGGACCCUACGGGCGUACGCCAAAUAUGGUCAGAAUCAUGGCGCUCUCUUUGCGCGGGCGUUUUCCGCCACGGCUUUCCGCGGCGCCAUCAACAAAGUCUACCCCUCGGCCGAGGAAGCGAUCAAGGACUUGAAGCCCAACUCGACGCUCUUGUGCGGCGGCUUCGGCCUGUGCGGUGUUCCGGACACGCUAAUCGACGAGGUGCUCAAGAGGCCUGACCUCAAGGGCCUCACGGCGGUGUCCAACAAUGCCGGCACCGACAACAGCGGUCUCGGCAAGCUGCUGCGCACGAAGCAGAUCUCGAAGAUGAUUGCUUCCUACAUUGGCGAGAACAAGACGUUUGAGACGAUGUACUUGACCGGCGAGGUCGAGCUGGAGCUGUGUCCCCAGGGCACGCUGGCUGAGCGAUGUGCGGCUGGUGGGAAGGGUAUUCCUGCUUUUUACACCCCCGCUGCGUUUGGUACGGUCGUACAAACGGGAGAGUUGCCGAAACGCAACAAGCCGGACGGUACCCCGGACGAGUUUUCGUACCCCAAGGAUGUCAAGGUGUUCAAUGGCAAGAGCUACUUGCUGGAAGACUCGAUCACGGGCGACGUUGCGUUCGUCAAGGCGUACAAGGCCGACCGUCUCGGCAACUGCCAGUUCCGCCUGGCUGCCAACAACUUCAAUGGCGCCAUGGGCCGCAACGCCAAGCUGACCAUCGUCGAGGCCGAGCACAUUGUCGAGCCUGGCGAGAUCCCGCCCGAGGCUGUCCACCUCCCCGGCAUCUACGUGAAGCGCGUGAUCCAAAGCACAGCGGAGAAGAAUAUCGAGAAGUUCACCUGGAGCCAGGACCCCGACGCCCCUGAGGACCCCAAGGCGUCCACCGCCCUAGGCACCGGCGGCACCAAGGCCAAGCGCGAACUCAUCGUCCGUCGCGCCGCUAAAGAAUUCCAAAACGGCAUGUACGCCAACCUCGGCAUCGGGAUGCCCAUGCUCGCGCCGGGUUUCGUCGACAAGGACGUCGAAGUGACGCUGCAAAGCGAGAACGGCAUCCUCGGGCUGGGGCCCUACCCACUCAAGGGGAAAGAAGACGCCGACCUAAUCAACGCCGGCAAGGAAACCGUCACGCUCCGGCCCGGCGCCUCCGUCUUCGGGUCCGAGGAGAGCUUCGGCAUGAUUCGCAGCGGCCGCAUCAACUUGACCAUUCUCGGCGCUAUGCAGGUCAGCGCUACGGGCGAUCUGGCGAACUGGAUGCUGCCGGGGAAGGUCAAGGGGUUUGGCGGCGCCAUGGAUCUGGUCAGCAAUCCGAGCGAGACAAAGGUGGUGGUCACGAUGGAGCAUACCGACAAGAAGGGGAAUCCCAAGAUUGUGAAGCAGUGCGCGUUCCCGCUGACUGGGAGGGCAUGUGUGUCCAGGAUUAUCACGGAAUUGGGUGUCUUUGAUGUCGACUUUGCGAAGGGCCUGACGCUGAUUGAAAUUGCUGAUGGUGUUACUGUGGACGAGAUCAAGUCCAAAACGGAAGCUCCCUUCCAUGUGGCGGAAGACCUGAAGCCUAUGCUAUAA